UUAACGCUGAUCAAGAUGAUAACCUCCCAAAAGCACCUUGACUUCCUGGCAGGGCCCAUGAGGGAAAAGCCAGUGGGGAGCCUGGCAGGGAUUGGCGAAGCCCUGGGCAAGAAGCUGGAGGAAAGGGGCUUUGACAAGGCUUAUGUGGUCCUUGGCCAGUUUCUGGUGCUAAAGAAAGAUGAAGACCUCUUCCGAGAAUGGCUGAAAGACGCAUGUGGUGCCAAUGCCAAGCAGUCCCGGGACUGCUUUGGGUGCCUUCGAGAAUGGUGUGAUGCCUUCUUGUAGUGUACUCUGGGACUCCUCAGCCCUCAGCCACAGAAUUGAGUCUCCAGAGUCUGAAGCCUGGCGGGGCUCCUCCCUGUCCUCCAUGAAGGAAAAGAUUACUGUUGUCACGCUCACCUCCUAUGUACUCCAGAAGU